AUGUCUGAGAGAACUUACCAGCAACUCUGGGACUUAUCCCACGUGACGCUGCAGGAGUUGCUGGAGCAAGAGCAGCCCUUGCUGCAGCCAGUGCCAGAGCGCCAGCGCCGCGCCUUGCUACACCGCCUUUCAUCGCUCUACCUCGUCUAUCUGGGGCUCCUGCGCCGGUUCGACACCCUGUAUGACCAGAUGGUGCACCCUCAAAAACGGCGGCUGUUGCGGAGCCUGCUGGACAGUGUGGCCGGUCGCGUGCUGGAGCUCAAGGACGAGAUGGUGCGAGUCGAACUGAGCGAGACACACUGCCUGGACCAAGAGAUGUUGGAACAGGGGCUCACUCCGGCAGACCUGGUGGUUCCGAUCCCCAAAUAUUUUCUCCGAGAGCAGUCAAUCGAGUUGAAGGAGCGUGAGGAGAUGCUGACAGAGAUCCUGUCCAGAGUGAAACCAGCAAGUCUCAAAGAGAGCAAUAUAGUAAUAAGCCGGACAGAAGCCAUCAUCAUAAUCCAAAUGAUUGAGCGAGCCAGGCAAGGCCAACUACGAGCUGCCUUCAUGCGGGAGAUUCGAGAAGAUGAGGAACGGGAGCGGAGGAAACGAGAGGAGGGGUACCCCAAACUCACUGUGGAUAAAGCAGCUAUCAAAAUACAGAAGGUUUGGAAGGGGUACUUGAAGAGAAAAGACAUCCUUCUGGACAAGCAGACGGAGAUGGAGCUCAUCGGCAUGGUGGGUGCCCCACUGCAUGCUAAGCACUUGGGAAUCCAAACUAAGGACAAAACUCAAGAGAAUUUACAGAGGCUCCGACAGGCGGAGAAGGAGGAGGAGUAUCAGCAGGCCCUAAAGAAGGAAUACGAGAUUCUCAGAGACACUGAGGGGCCUGAGAUAAAGGAGAAGCUGACGGGGCAGAUCCGACAGUGGUUCAUCGAGUGCCAUGCUUUCACUGGCCACUUUCCUGAUUAUCCAGAUGAGUCUCUGGGUGGAUCCAGCAUGAUCUUUGCAGAAAAGACUCCAGAGCAGGUGAAGAAGGAACUUGAUCUGCUGACACAGGAUGUCAAAAAAAGGGUCCAAAGAAGAACCAAUGAAAUGGAGAAAUCAGAUCAGGCAAGGAAGAAAGAGAAGAAACAGAGGAAUGGGGACACAGAGGUCAUGUGGACAGUCCAGCCAUCCAAAUUCAUCCCCAACCUCCAGAGUGGCCACAAGGAGUACAACGAAGUAUGGAAGAGCCGGUUUGAGGCUACAAACCCCAAUCAGAGCUUUGACAAUGAGGUGCUCCACUUGAUGAAGAGGAAAGAACUAGAGGCAGAAAUUCGAGUCCAGGUGGAUGAACUCAUGCGACAGGAGCUGAAGAGCCUACGUCUGGCAGUGGACAGGGCGGGCAGAAAACCUUCAAAGAUUUUAAAGAAGAAAACAAUAAAGACGAAAAUGGGGAAAAGGAAAGAAAAAGACAUAACAGCCCACAGAACUCUGGAGUCGCUGUUUGAAGAACUAGUCACCUGGGGCUUUCUCAUCAAGAACCAGGCAGUAGCACUGAAGGAUUACAUUGGUGACUGUAUCUACCUGGGCUCUGCCCUGAAUCUGGCCCAGAAGCUGCCAAUGCCGUCCUUGUUUGACAUUCGCCAGAACAUGGCCCUGUAUGCAGUGCUCCGGCUCGGCUCUCCAGAUAUCCAUGCCCUGGCACCCCACAUCCGUUCCAUCCUCCUGGUGGGCCCAGCCGGCAUGGGGAAGAAGAUGCUGGUUAAAGCUGUGUGCACAGAAACUGGGGCCAAUCUGUUUGACCUGUCACCCCAGAACCUGGAGAAUAAGUAUAUGGACAGAAACGGGACAAAGAUGAUUGUGCACAUGGUCUUUAAGGCAGCCCGGCUCCUCCAGCCAUCAGUGAUCUGGAUUGGGAACGCAGAGAAGAACUUCUACAAGAAAGUCCCUAAAGAAGAGAAGCAGAUGGACCCAAAGCGAAUCAAGAAAGACCUCACCAAGGCCAUACACCUUCUGAACCCUGGGGACCGUGUGAUGCUCAUAGGGACCACGGAGCAGCCAUACGUGGCUGACCUCAGGGCACUGUGUCGCGUGUAUGAACGUAUCCUCUACCUGCCAAGACCAGACUAUGCUUCUCGUUAUGUGCUCUGGAAGCAAACGGUGGAGACCAAGGUCCUUGUGAGCACAGACUUGGACUUCAGCUCCCUAGCCAAAGUGUCUGAUGGCUACACAAGCGGGGCCAUCAUCCAGACCAUUCAGUCUGUGCUGACUGAACGGAGACUCCUGCAUAUGGCCAAGCAGCCCCUCGUGGCCUCAGAGUUCUUGGGGCCUCUGGCUAAGCAGGAACCUGUGUACGCAGAGGAGGAGGAAGUCUUGAAGGAAUGGUACUUCAAGACGCCUUUGGGCAAGUUGCGAAUGAAGAUGCUCCAGGAUUUGGAGCUCCAGUUGGGAAUUGCGGGUGCAGGGACAGCCCUGCCGUGCGGGGGAGAGGUUCCUGCCUGGCUGCUGGCCCAGCUCCCAGCAAUCAUCCAGGGCCUCACCUCCUCCGACUACUACUUUGGUUUCUCCUCUAGAUAG